GCCCGUAGCCCAAGGCACGACGGGAAGAGGAGAAUUCCCUAAGUGACUCAUAGAACACUCACAGCUGAUACGGGAUUUGAACUACAAUCCCCAAGAUGUAACACAGACUUUUUUUUUUGUUUGUUUGUUUGUUAGCGCAUGCGUCUUUUUAACCACACGCGCACGCGCUCUUCAAGUUUCCGGGACAAGUCCGUAUAUUUCUCCUAGCGGGAGACGGGAUCAUGGCUGCCCUCCUUCGAGCUGUGCCAAGGUUUCAGGGGCCAGCUGUGUGGGGGAGGCCUCUUCAUCGACUGUGGUGCUGUACUGGGCAGGGAGAUUCCAGAAGGUGGCUGGGGAGCACGUCCCCCACCUCACAGGAGAAGCCACCAGGCACAGCGACUGAAAAGUUCCACACAAUCUACCGAUUCAAUGCCAUCAAAGUACUCGGGCAUGUGUCUCAGAUGAAGCUGUUACAGACAGCCGUGACUGUGAUAGCCGUGCCCCCAGGCUUCUACUUCUACUCACAGGGCCUCAUGACCCUCAAUUCACUCUGCCUGGCGAAUGGGAUUGCCUGCUUUGCCCUGGCCAUGCUGUACUGGAUGAGCUAUUUCUUCAGGAGGUUGGUGGGCAUCCUGUAUGUGAAUGAGUCAGGUACCAUGCUUCGAGUGGCCCACCUGACCUUCUGGGGACGGCGACAGGACACAUACUAUGCCGUGUCAGACAUGAUACCCCUGACAGAAUCCAAGGACCAUGCCCAGGAUAUGUUCGUACGCAUCCAGCAAUACAGUGGCAAGGAGACCUUCUACCUUACCCUGCGCUAUGGCCGAAUCCUGGACAAAGAACGUUUCUCACAAGUGUUUGGAACCCUGACCAGACUCAAGUAAAGAACAGCAACUAGGCCUCCCAUAUCCCUGGUUACACUGGAUUUUAGAGGGGAAGACCAAGAACAUUGACAAGGCAGAAGCUAAAACCCAGGGGCUGGGACUGAAGCUCCACUGGUAAACUGCUCGUCUAGCAUGCAGGCAGUAAAACCCUGGGUUCAAUCCCUGGAGCUGCAUACAACCAGGCAUGGCUGUGUGUGCCUGUGCUCAGCACUGGAGAUGGGGGCAGGUGGAGAAGAAGUUCAAGGUUGUCCUGGGGCAAAAAAGAAGAUGCUAACCACCUUUAGGAAAAAGCCCUUGGUGGAACAUUGUAUAGAAUAGGGCAUUCUAAAUGCUAUGCCAAGAUCACUGAGGUAGCCCACUGCUAUGAAACCAGAAGGCAGAGGAACAUAGACUGUGGAGUCUGGAGACUUGGGUUCUGCUGGACCUCAGCUCCUUGACCUGGGGCAGGGUAUUAAGUCCCUGAGCCUUGAAUUGCACUCUGUGAGAUAGAAGAGCCUUCUUCUCUUGUGGGGAUGGAUGUGAAAAUAGCCAGUAAUGGUUGAGACUGGACAUGUAGCUGUGUGGUAGAGCUCUUGCCUAGCAUGUAUUAGGCCCUAUGUUCCACCCUCAGCACCACAGAAAAGAUACCAGUACAUGCUGCAUGCUGUGCCAGGGCAGCAGCCCAGAGUUUACAGCACCGAAGGAGGCUUCCAGGCGCCCUGCGCCAUUUGUACCCACCAGCUCAGCGGCUAGUGCCGAAGCCUAAAGUGGGCUUGUUUUUCUCUCAUCAGGAAGUCACUAUGACGUGGGGCGUUGCCUUAUUGGUUGAUGAAUAAAGCUUCUUCAGCCUACAGUAGGGCAGAAUAAA